AUGGCUAGCCCGACCAAACACGGUCAGGCACGCGCUUACGUCGACCGACACGGCGAGCUGCACGAUCCCGACUACCGCGACUUCCCUGUCGUCGCGCGCAACGCGUCGCGCAAUCGUCGCUUCAGCGCCGGCACGUCGCGUUCGCGUAGCGUCAGCCGGCACGGUGAACGCUACUCUUCGUACUCCAUGACGCGUCCAGAGUGGGAGCGUGACUGGUCGACAGAAGUCGAGGACUACGAUGAGGUCGAUGAAGAGGACGACGAGUCUGAAUCGCAGUCGCAUUACUCCCCCUUUGCGUCGCGCGUCGCGACAACGCGCCGCAGCGCGACUAUCCACACGACUCACACGUACCCCGCAUACACGUCGUACUCGCGGUACGUGGGCGAGCCGCAGCCGAUCGCAUCGUCUCCCACAGGGUCGUUAGAGGACGACCAGCAAAUACACGAAUCGACGUUCCAGGAGUCGCCCUUCCUCGCCGACGAAUAUGAUCCGUUCCCUCAGGAUCAGAAGAAAAAGUCGCGUCGAAGCAGCGGCCACAGCGGCAUUCUGAGACGGGCAUCGAAGAAGGCAGCGGAGAUCGCGCUCGAGUCGCCUGUGGAGGUUGCGAUGGAGAAGGACGAUGCUGAGCUGUCGCUACAGCAGCAAUUUACACUUGAUCGCGAACGAAUGGACGACGUACCUUCAUGUACGGACGCGCUACGGCAACAUUGGGCAGCGACCGUCCUCCGCGUGCGAUUUGGUCUCUUCCACGCAAAGCGGAGAUUAAGCAGGCGUCGGCGGUCGUCACCGACCUGA